ACCUCGGUCCGAAAGUCAUAAAUGUCAAUUUUUCAUACACAAAUUUCUAAUUGGUCUGAUUAAUAACCUGUGGGUGUCGAUGAUAGGACAUCCCAUAAAAUUAUAAAAAUAACGUGUUGAUUCGUAAAUGCCAAUAUAAAAGGACAAAAUAAAGAACAAAACAUUAAUUGAAACAAUACGACACAACAGAAAAUACCUGAAAAGGAAAAAACACUGACAAAAAUGCAGAAAUUUCGUAUAUUGAUUGGUGUUCUGUGUAUUUCGUAUGCAUGUUGUGCUACCAUACGGCCCCGUGUGGAAGGUAUUCCCAUCAGUAUCGGCAAGCAGAACCUUUUCGACCUUGAACAUUUCGUCGGUCGCAGACGACCAGAAAACAGUGCUACUAAACCGAGCACCGCCUCCACUGGAAGCAACGUAACUGUUGGAGGGAAAAUUAAUGAAAAUGAUAGACCUGCGAUAUCAAUGAGAGGAGAUAUCAGAUUUCCUCUACCUGAGUUCCCGACAGUACCAAUACCAACUGAGACAACGACCCCUCGCAUUCUGAGGGGUGACAUAACUUUUGAAAUCCCGACAUUCCCGUGGCACACUACAACAGAGAGUACAGGUACUACGACAGAAAUUGACGAUAUAGAAGAUGUCACAACAACAACGCAAACCCCGACGACGACGACGACGACGACAACAACAACGGAAAUUUCAACAACAACAACAACUGAAAUUCCGACAACUACAACAACAAAGGAAAUUCCGACGACAACAACAACGGAAAGCCCGACAACAACAACACAAACUUCAACGACAACAACAACUGAAAUUCCGACGACGACGACAACAACAACAACAGAAAUCCCAACAACAACCUCGGAAACCCCAACAACAACAACAACACAAACUCCAACGACUACAACAACAACUGAAUUUCCUACAACAACAACAACCACAAUUCCGACAACUACAACGGAAAUUCCAGCGACGACUACAACAAUAGAAAUUCCGACGACAACAACGGUAGCAUCUACAACAAAAACAAAUAUACCAGAAAGCACACCAACUUUACCUACUACUGAGAUUACAACAUCACAGGUAGCUACAACUACUGAAACUUUGAAAACAACAACAAGCAACACCGAGACCCCGACAACAACAGAUACUCCGUCAACGACGAGUCCACAAACAACUGGAAAAAUAACCACUCAGUCACAAACAACGGCCACUCCGUCCACGGAGAAACCUACCACAGCUACAUCGACCACGGAGAAACCUACCACCGGUACACUGACCACGGAGCAGCCAUUAACACAAACAACGCCAGUAUUAACAACGGCAAGCCCGUCAACAUCUGCACCAACCACAACACCAGGCGGCUUCUUUCCAUUUUUCCCAGACGAUGAUUUCGAAUUUGAUGAUUUCUGGGGUUUUGUUGAAAACGAUGAUGACGAUAGCAGUGACGAAGAUGAUGAGUGGGAUUUCUGGACGGGAGACGAUAGCGAUGAAGAUUUUGGAUGGUUGAACGGACCAUUGGCUUUUAAUGAGGCAGAAGAUUUUAAAAUGAGAGGGCAGAAGAAGACAGGUUUGAAAAACUUAAAAGAAAUACCACUUGAAAAUGAACAAUUACAGGUGAUUAAAAGUCACGAUAUUUUUGAAAGUAUUGCUAUGGACUUGGACAAAAUGUACUUUAAUACAAAAUCUUGGCUCCAUGUUGUGGACGACGGCGGAUUUAUUGAUAGAAAAGCAGAAAAGCAGUUGAAGAAGUUAGAUAAUUUUAUAAAUGGAGUUUACUCAAAAAUAUCGGAGCAGCUCAUAAAUCCACUCGUAAAGCCAGCAAGAAAGGCAAAAUUAUCCAGACGGAUGUCAAGGAAAAUGAAACGAUUACAGAACUCCCUAAUACAGAGCUAGGACAAUAUUAAAACUAUCUCACUGUCUCUAUAAUAUACUAUUCACUAAACACGGCUUUCUGAAAAAAAAUGUUUUUAUUUAGUUACAUUGUUAUACUUUUCUAGUUGUCAUGGAAACGCUGGGCGUUUAUUUAUUAUAUCAUGUUUGUAUGUUUGUGGUUAUGUAUAUCUAUAGUUUUUAUGUCAAAAUCAUAAUAUUUUUUCUAUCUAAUUACAUUUUUUUCUAUCCGUACAGCUAAUGCUAUCAUUAUCACUUCGCGCCAUCAUAGUAAAAACAGCACAGAAACAUAAUUUAUACAUUUUCUAUUUUUGUUAUAUUUUUUUAUGUACAUCACCAAAAACGUCAUGCAAAAAUGGUUGUCAUUAUAAUGCUCACUUAAUCAUAUUUGUUUGUGAAUUUGAAUAUCUAAUGACAAGUCAAGUCAAGUCAAGUCAGAAAGUUUAUUGGCUUAAACAUAGAAGUCCAUCGCCAAGUCACAUAUUUGGCGGUUUAAUGCUGUUAUUAGCCUAUACAAAUGUUUGGAUCCUUUACAAAAUGACACAAAAUCAAAUAUUUAUUAUAGAGGUAUACAUUUAAGAAAAUCUAAGUUUAAUUUAUAAACUUUUUUGCUAAGUGCUCCUCAAGAAUAGACCUUUAUUAUUAUUAUUAUUUGUAUAUUAUUCAAAGAUCAAGGUUUAGUAAUUUUGGUCGAAACAACACUGUUCUGUCCACUUAAUACUGUCACGAUGUUAUGUUCUGAUUUAUUUUCGUUCAAAGUGGUUUAGUCUGGUUUUUGUUGCUUAGUUAUUAUAAUUUAUGAAAAAUGUCCGUGACAUUUUUUAUUAUAUGUAGAUAAAUAAACUUGAAAUGUUUACUUGUAAUGUUGUUUGAAGUAGAUUGGUGAGCUGUCAGACGGAUGAACGCUCUCGUGCAGCGUUGAUCAUAAGACUUGCAUUUUUAGUAGUAAAAAGGUCAUUCCCUUUACGUAUGUGUGCACAUACCAAAACACUGUUGAUGAUUCAACUGAUUCUACUCCCCUCCAACCCCGCCCCUUCAACCACACCACACAUUCCAUUAACCCUUAUCAUGCUUGACACGAUUGAUUCUGUCUUUGGGACCAGUGCAGAUCAUGUUCAGCUUACACAUCCGUGCAGUCUGAUCGUGACCUUUCAGUCAGUAUGUUUUUUUUUAGUAAGCACGCCUUUUAAUUAUUAAAAAUGGCACUAUCCAAAUUGAAAGAUGGACAAGUUCAUU